AUGGCGGCGAUAAAAGUCAGAAAUGAGCCUAGUAAGACCGAGUCAAAGGAGCAACCUGUGAUUGAAUCAAAGAAACCUCUAUCGCAAAUUGAGUCAAAGGAGUCCGAAACUAUGGAACCUAAAGAUGCGAUCACCUCUAAGCCUCCAGACCAUGAAACAUUGAAAGUACAACUACCUCCAUUUCCUCAAAGACUGAAAAAGAAACAAAAUGAUGAAGGUCUGUAUUAUCGCUUCCUAGAAAUAUUGAAACAAUUGCACAUCAAUAUUCCAUUCAUGGAAGCGAUAGAGCAGAUGCCGAUGUAUGUCAAAUUUUUGAAGGACAUUGUCUCGAAGAAGAGAAGCACGGGAAGAUUCACCACGGUGGCAUUGACAGUAGAAUCCAAUACUAUAAUCCCACUAAAGAUGCGCGACCUAGGCAGUUUCACAAUACCCUUCUCAAUAGGAGGAAUCUAUAUUGGUAAAGUAUUAUGUGAUCUUGGGGCAAGCAUAAACUCAUUGCCCCUUUUAAUCUUCAAAAUAUUGAAUGUAGGACAGCUAACACCCACAACGGUGACUCUUCAACUCGCAGAUAGGUCCUUGGUGCACCCUAAAGGGAAAUUAAAGGAUGUCUUGGUAACAAUAGAUAGAUUCAUUCUACCUGCAAACUUCAUUAUCUUAGAUUAUGAGGCAGAUAAAGAUAUUCCAAUCAUAUUGGGACAACCAUUCUUGUCUACUGGUCGUGCUCAAAUAGAUGUGCACAAGGGAGUCACAAUGAGCAUCAACGGAAAGAAGCUCAGGUUCAAUAUUAUCAAGGAAUCCGAGGAAGAAAAUGAAGAAAGAGAGGAUGCGACAACAUCCACAGAGACUUGCCAUGCGAUAACAGAGAUAUUAAAGAAUGAAGAAAUGCUGAAUUUGGAUGAAGAAAGAAAAGCACAGAAGCCCUCUUUAGAGCAACCACCUACACUGGAACUAAAAACUCUACCAACCCACUUGAAGUACGUAUUUCUCGGCCAGAAUAAAACCUUACCAGUCAUCAUAUCCUCUGUGUUUCCUGAAGAAAAAGAAACCGCACUGCUCAGUGUUCUAAAGAAAUAUAUUAGAGCAAUCGAAUGGACGCUCGCAGACAUCAAAGACUAUGGGCAAACAUAUGAAAUCUAUCUGCAAAACCUAGAGAGAAUACUGAAAAGAUGUGAAGAAACUAACCUGGUGCUGAAAUGGGAAAAGUGUCAUUUUAUGGUCAAAGAAGGAAUUGUUCUCGGGCACAACGUUUCAAAGAAUGGGCUAGAGGUGGAUAAAGUAAAAAUUGAAGCUAUAGAAAAACUUCCAUCUCCAGCGAAUGUGAAAGCUUUGAGGAGUUUCUUAAGACACGUGGGGUUUUAUAGAAGGUUUGUGAAGGACUUCUCCAAAAUUGCUCAACCUUUGAAUGUGUUGUUGGAAGCUAAUAGACCUUUUGAUUUUGAUUCACACUGCCUCACUGCAUUCAAAACACUAAAGGACGCUUUGACUAUAGCGCCAAUUCUGAUCACACCCGAUUGGGCAAAGCCAUUCGAGCUGAUGUGCGAUUCCAGAGGAUAUGCGAUGAGGGCAGUCUUGGAAAAAAAAGUAAAGACAAUGUUACACCCCAUCGCAUAUGCUAGCAGAACAUUAAACUCCACGCAAGCGAAUUACACUACCACUGAAAAGGAACUUUUAGCGAUAAUUUUUGCGGUUGAGAAAUUCAGACCUUACUUGUUGGGAUCAAAAGUGAGUCCACACAGACCAUCGGCGAUAAGAUAUUUGAUGACCAAAAAAUAUGCGAAGCCUAGACUAAUCUGUUAG